UGCACGCCGGUAUAUCGAGUCGGCGAGUUGUCGCGCUUGUGUUUCCAUAACCGCUUGACGGCCACAUAAACUCGCACUUGUUCGUCGGCUGCCUGAUUCUCGUUUUAAGAACGUUCGCAUUUCUUCACCUACGCGAAAGAGAAAAAGCUGUACUCUGCUGCUGCAACGAGAAGCCGAACAAUUAGCCAAGGAUGUCGCCGAGGAGGACGAGACGAGGUACUAUAAGACAGAGUGUCAUGGAGACAUCCAUAGAUAGCAGUUUGAAAAAUACCUCAAAGAUCACAAAGAAAAGUCACCGUGCAAACAAAAGUCAUGCUAAAGUUUCAGAAGAUGAAAGUGAGAAUCUUAUGGAAGUAUACAGCUCACAGGAAAGUGUUGCAUCUACAAGCAUCCUCAAUCAAACUUCAUCAAAAGUAAAGAAAACAAGAAGAGGUGUAAAAGCAUCUGAGUCUCAAGACAUUUCUUUGUCUGUGACCAUUGAGGAACCAAAAAAAAAUGCUAAGACUCCAAGGGCUAAAAGGCAAAUUACAAGAAGCAAAUCACAAACUAAAGAAUCUCAAACACUUUUGAGUAAGAAAGAAUCUGAUAAUGUAAAGCUUGAAAAGCGAGUGUCUUACAAUUUAAUAAGCGAUAAUGAAGAAAGUUCUGGAGUAUCAUUGAGAAAAAUAGCAAAAUCAUCUAAGGGAGCCAAUACACCAGAGGAGUCACCUGAAAGAGGAUCUUUAAAAAAUAUUUCUUCUGACAAAAAUGUCACACCAAAAACUAGUCCUGCAUUGAAUGUUUCAUUUACCCCACAUCGUUCUAAGAAAACUCCAAGAAAAUCUCCUGUUAAUUUAGGAUCUCCUAAAACACGCUCACCAAAUCCAGUCAAGUUUUUGAUAAAACCAAGAAAAUUGUCCAUAGUAGAUUCGCCUACCUCUUCAGAAAAUUCAUUACAUCAAAAUAACUCUUUGAAUGAUGGGAAUGAAUCUAUACAAAAUACUAAUAAGAGUAGUAUGAAUUCAAAAUCUAAAUUAAAUGUUAUAUCUAGUAAGAAGAAAACUAUUUCACCAUUUAAACCAAGACCAACAUUUUCUAAAUCUCCAAAAAUUGUUCUGAAAACUCCAAAGGCUAAAUCAAAAAAAUCUGCUCUUUCAAAACAGAAAAAGUCUUCAGUAAAGUCAGAUAAAGCCUCAAAAUCGCUCAAAUCAACUAUAGACGAAUCUCUAUCAGUAACUGAUAAUACCUCAGGGUUAAUUAAUUUCAACGAGACUAUCACUGUAUCGCCAUCAAAAUCUUUAAACAAAUCUGCUAAUACUUCUGUAAGUCCAGGAAAAUCUCCAAAAAUGACAUCACCAGCUAAAUCUAAACUUGAGUUGUUAUCAUCUAGUCUAACAAGUGUACCUAAAAUUAUUUUGUCAUCGGUAUCUAUGAAAACAAAACCAAAAACUAAAUUUGCCUGUAUCCCUAAAGGCACACCAAAAAUUGUUUUAACGAAGAAAUCCCCAGUAAAGUCAACGAAGAAAACUUCACCUAUGAAAUCUAAAAGUAGCUCUCCUUCAAAAGUUGAAAAAUUUCCAUCAAAAUCUGAAAAUACUUCAGUUGCUGCAUCUCAAGAAUUAUCUAAAGUUCCUUCAUCAAUUGAAAUUAGUUUAAAAAGUACACCAGCAAAACUUGCAUCACCAACAAAAUUUGAAAAAUCAUUAUUGAUAUCCAAAUCUAAGAAAUCACCAACCAAAUCUGUUCGAUCCUCACUAAACACGAGUUCUAAAAAAAUGCAGAACACUUCUUUGUCAAACUCUAAGAUGCCUAAAAUUGUUCUAAAAAAGAAAUCACCACAGAAAUCCUUAAAAUCAGCAACACCAGCAAGUGCAAAAAAAACUCUAAAAGUAACUUCUGCUUCUAAAAGUAUUCCAGUUUCAAAUGUCAACAAAGUUCCAUCAAAACAGCAAUCCAGAACAUCAAGUCCUACCAAAAAUACAUCGAAAAAUACAACUAUGAGUCCAAAGGUAGUCAUGAGUAAAUUGUCCUCACCAGAAUUAAAAAAUAAUAACUUGAGGGCCAAAGAAAAUCAGCCGAGUGUAACCCUGGUGCCAGUAGAUCAUGAAACUCAUAAAUUGAGAGUUUCUUCAGGUAGAAGCCCAAAAUCGCCAAAAAUAGAAGAAAAUAAAAAAUCAAGUCCUGUCAAAUCUGCCAGAUAUACCAAAAGUAUGACUAGGUCUAUUGCUGCAAGUACUGAUUCCAAGGCCGGUACACCAACUGGUAUUUUAGGUAAUAAAUUUUUUAAUUUGAAACCAAAAAAUACAUCAACACCAAGAGAGAGGAGUAAGGUAACUAAGUCUCCUCUUGGAAAAUCGAAAAUCAUCAAAAGAUUAAACCAGUCUACAAUUAAAGGAAAUCAACCAUUUCUUGAGGAUGAAUCUGAGCCAUCUCUAGACAACAGUUCUCUAAUCCGCAUGAGUGACGUUUUUGAUAUAGACACUCCUCGAAAAAAUAAUACAUUUGACAAAAAUUCCAGCAAUACUAAGUCACCAAAAUCUUUAAAGAAAUUGGAUAAGAACGAUACAUUUGAAACUGGCAAGUCUCCUAAAAAUACCUCACAAAGGAGCAACAGGAGUGGUACAUUUGAAGUAAGUAAAUCUUCUUCCUCUGGUAAAAAUAAAUCCAAGAUAAAUGACACUUAUGAAAUAAAUGAACCAAAAACACCUGGUCUUAAGAGAACAAUAAAAGAUGCUGAAUUAGAUUUAAAUGCCGAAUCAUCGGCUAAAAAGAGUCGUAAGGUCAACUUUACCAGUCCUGCUAGAGAAAGUGUACGAGCAUCCAGCAUAAAUAGAAUAGGAACGCCUGCUCAUCCGAGAAAAACUCCGAUAACAGUUGGCAAAACAAAGACUUCACUUUUCUCUUCCGUUAGAAGUAGAAUUAGUUCGUUGGUACUGGCCAAUAAAACACCUGCAAGUACCCCUUUGAACAAAAGAAGCUCUAUAACCGAUUCUAACAAAUCUAAGAGCAAUUAUGCUGCUCAACUUGCUUCAGUUAAUCGUCUCAGUCGAUCGAAAAACGUCACAGAUUCACAUAAGAAAAUAGUAACUAAAACUCCAGUUAGUAGAAAAAUUCCUAAUUUUGCUGAAAUCCAUCAAAAGAAUUUUGCAAAAAUGGAGUCUUUGGUGGAUUUAAAAAAGCGGGUUGAAAAAAGGCACAUAAUUUUAAAUGCAGGAAGUGCCAAAAAAGUAGCGACAGAGUCCACUAAUGGUGCAUACAACAGAUUUGGAUUCAAAGUGAGGAAGAAUGAAGCUGUUAAUUUGGUUUCUAAAAAGCAAACUGCAAGUGCUGAUUCUAGGCAACAGAAGCGAGAAAAUGCGAGAAGUACUUUGCAAGGAGUGCGUAUGAAUAGGCGAUUUGAACUGCAAAUGAAAGCUCGCAUUAAGACCUCGUAACUAAGAUAUAAGUUUCUUUUUUAAUUUAUCGAAUGAUAAGAUAAGCAUGUAAAUACAAAUAUCUAUUUACAAUCACCAUUGUACUUCUAAAACUAUUUCAAAUAAUGACUUUUGUAUGGGGAUAUUACCGGUUUGAGGUAACCUUUUUUUUUUCAAAAACAAUUUAAUUGUGCUGAUAACCUUAUAAACAACAAUAUCUUAAUUUUUUAUUCGAAAGACAAAUCAAAAGUUGUGCGUAACUAUGAAAUUUAAUGAGUAAUGAAACGAAAUUGAAUUUUUUUUUUAACAUUUAAAGAUAUUAUUUGAUAAUUAUUAUGACGUAGCACGGUUAAACAGAAAAUUUUCUUACGAAAAAAUUGUAAUAAAGUUACGCACUAGUCCUAUAGGUGUAAUGAAUGUUAUUUUUAUUUUAAAUAUGUUUACUUUUAAUUGUAUCAUAUAGGAGAGCACGUGCUAUUUACACAAUUCAUUCUGAGUUUGUCACCUAAUCAACAAUCAUCAAUGUACUAAAACAUAGUUAAGUGAUAGCAAUAAAAAGAUAUU